GGGCCCGGGGCGCGGUGCCCUGCGCUCGCAGGUCCGGGCUCACGACUCGCUCCGCUGCAGAAGUGCCUGCGUCUGGACCCAACCGCGCCCGUGUGGGCCGCCAAGCAGCGUGUGCUCUGCGCCCUCAACCACAGCCUUCAGGACGCGCUCAACUACGGGCUAUUCCAGCCGCCCUCCCGGGGUCGCGCCGGCAAGUUCCUGGAUGAAGAGCGGCUCUUGCAGGACUACCCGCCUAACCUGGACACGCCCCUGCCCUAUCUGGAGUUUCGAUACAAGCGGAGAGUUUAUGCCCAGAACCUCAUAGAUGACAAACAGUUUGCAAAGCUGCACACAAAGGCAAACCUGAAGAAGUUCAUGGACUAUGUCCAGCUACACAGCACAGACAAGGUGGCCCGCCUGCUGGACAAGGGGCUGGACCCCAAUUUUCAUGACCCUGACUCAGGAGAGUGCCCUCUGAGCCUGGCGGCACAGUUGGACAAUGCUACCGACCUCCUGAAGGUUCUUCGCAACGGUGGUGCUCACCUGGACUUCCGAACCCGAGAUGGGCUCACAGCUGUCCACUCUGCCACCCGCCAGAGGAAUGCAGGGGCAUUGACGACCCUGCUGGACCUGGGGGCUUCACCUGACUACAAGGACAGCCGCGGCCUGACGCCCCUGUACCAUAGCGCCCUGGGGGGCGGGGAUGCCCUCUGCUGUGAGCUGCUGCUCCAUGACCAUGCACAGCUGGGGACCACGGAUGAGAAUGGCUGGCAGGAAAUCCAUCAGGCCUGCCGCUUUGGGCACGUGCAGCACUUGGAGCACUUGCUGUUCUAUGGGGCCAACAUGGGUGCCCAGAAUGCCUCGGGAAACACAGCCUUGCACAUCUGUGCCCUCUACAACCAGGAGAGCUGUGCUCGUGUCCUCCUUUUCCGUGGUGCCAAUAAGGACGUCCGCAAUUACAACAGCCAGACAGCCUUCCAGGUGGCCAUUAUUGCAGGGAACUUUGAGCUUGCUGAGGUAAUCAAGACCCACAAAGACUCGGAUGUCGUACCAUUCAGGGAAACCCCCAGCUAUGCAAAACGACGACGUCUGGCUGGCCCAAGCGGCUUGGCAUCCCCUCGACCCUUACAGCGCUCAGCCAGUGAUAUCAACCUGAAAGGUGAUGCCCAGCCUGCAGCUUCUCCUGGGCCCACUCUCCGAAGCCUCCCUCAUCAACUGCUGCUUCAGCGGCUUCAGGAGGAGAAAGAUCGGGACAGGGAUGGUGAGCCGGAAAAGGACAUCGGUGGCCCUGCAGCAGGCAGGGGUAGCCACAACAAGAUCAGGUAGGAGGGCACGGGAGGUCCUGGAGGGGUCAGGCUUCUUUCCCCAGUGCUCAGCAUUGGGGAGGGCGGUUUCUGGGAGGGAACCGUGAAGGGCCGCACUGGCUGGUUCCCAGCUGACUGUGUGGAGGAAGUGCAGAUGCGACAAUAUGACACUCGGCAUGAAACCCGAGAAGACCGGACAAAACGUCUCUUCCGUCACUACACUGUGGGUUCCUAUGACAGCCUCACGUCACACAGUGAUUAUGUCAUUGAUGACAAGGUGGCUAUCCUGCAAAAACGGGACCAUGAGGGUUUUGGCUUCGUUCUCCGGGGAGCCAAAGCAGAGACCCCCAUUGAGGAAUUUACACCCACACCCGCCUUCCCUGCACUCCAGUACCUGGAGUCUGUAGAUGUGGAAGGUGUGGCCUGGAGGGCCGGGCUUCGAACUGGGGACUUCCUCAUCGAGGUGAAUGGAGUGAACGUCGUGAAGGUCGGGCACAAGCAAGUAGUGGGUCUCAUCCGUCAGGGCGGCAACCGCCUGGUCAUGAAAGUCGUGUCUGUGACCAGGAAACCCGAAGAGGAUGGUGCUCGGCGCAGAGCCCCACCACCCCCCAAGAGGGCCCCCAGCACCACGCUGACCCUGCGCUCCAAGUCCAUGACGGCUGAACUUGAAGAACUCGCUUCCAUUCGGAGAAGGAAAGGGGAAAAGUUGGAUGAGAUCCUGGCAGUUGCUGCGGAGCCGACCCUGAGGCCAGACAUUGCAGAUGCUGACUCCAGGGCAGCCACUGUCAAGCAGCGGCCCACCAGUCGGAGGAUUACCCCUGCCGAGAUCAGCUCAUUGUUUGAGCGCCAGGGCCUCCCAGGCCCAGAGAAGCUGCCGGGCUCUCUGCGGAAGGGGAUUCCACGGACCAAAUCUGUAGGGGAGGACGAGAAGCUGGCAUCCCUACUGGAAGGGCGCUUCCCACGCAGCACAUCAAUGCAGGACACAGUGCGUGAAGGUCGUGGCAUUCCACCCCCUCCGCAGACCGCUCCACCACCCCCACCCGCGCCCUACUACUUCGACUCCGGGCCACCUCCCACAUUCUCACCGCCGCCACCGCCAGGCCGGGCCUAUGACACUGUGCGCUCCAGCUUCAAGCCAGGCCUGGAGGCUCGCCUUGGAGCAGGGGCCGCUGGUCUGUAUGAUUCUGGCGCUCCUCUGGGCCCGCUGCCCUACCCUGAGCGUCAGAAGCGUGCGCGCUCCAUGAUCAUCUUGCAGGACUCUGCGCCAGAAAUGGGCGAUGUCCCCCGGCCGGUGCCUGCAGCUACACCACCUGAGCGCCCCAAGCGCCGGCCUCGACCGUCCGGCCCUGAUAGCCCUUAUGCCAACCUGGGCGCCUUCAGUGCCAGUCUCUUUGCUCCGUCGAAACCACAGCGCCGCAAGAGCCCGCUGGUGAAGCAGCUUCAGGUGGAGGACGCUCAGGAGCGCGCGGCCCUGGCCGUGGGUAGCCCGGGUCCAGUGGGUGGAAGCUUUGCACGAGAUCCCUCCCCAACGCACCGUGGGCCCCGGCCGGGUGGCCUUGACUACGGCUCUGGAGAAGGUCUGGGGCUCACAUUUGGCGGCCCUGGCCCUGGCCCCGGCAAGGAGCGGCGCCUGGAGGAGCGACGCCGUUCCACUGUGUUCCUAUCUGUGGGUGCCAUCGAAGGUAGCCCUCCCAGCGCAGAGCUGCCAUCCCUACAGCCCUCCCGCUCCAUUGAUGAGCGCCUCCUAGGGACAGGCGCCCCCACUGGCCGUGAUUUGCUGCUCCCCUCCCCUGUCUCAGCUCUGAAGCCAUUGGUCAGUGGCCCUAGCCUUGGGCCCUCAGGCUCCACUUUCAUCCACCCUCUCACUGGCAAACCCUUGGAUCCUAGCUCACCCCUAGCCCUUGCUCUGGCUGCCCGAGAGCGGGCUCUGGCCUCGCAAACGCCUUCCCGGUCCCCCACACCUGUGCACAGUCCUGAUGCUGACCGCCCCGGACCCCUCUUUGUGGAUGUGCAGACCCGAGACUCCGAGCGAGGGCCGUUGGCUUCACCAGCCUUCUCCCCUCGGAGCCCAGCCUGGAUUCCAGUGCCUGCUCGCAGAGAGGCAGAGAAAUCCCCUCGGGAAGAGCGGAAGUCACCAGAGGACAAGAAAUCCAUGAUCCUCAGCGUCUUGGACACGUCCUUGCAGCGGCCAGCUGGUCUCAUUGUUGUGCAUGCCACCAGCAAUGGACAGGAGCCCAACAGGCUGGGGGCUGAAGAGGAGCGCCCGGGUACUCCGGAGCUGGCCCCAGCCCCCAUGCAGGCUGCGACUGUGGCAGAGCCUAUGCCAAGCCCCCGGGCGCAGCCCCCUGGCAGCAUCCCAUCAGAUCCUGGGCCAGGCCAAGGUAGCUCCGAGGAAGAGCCAGAGCUGGUAUUUGCUGUGAACCUGCCACCUGCUCAGCUGUCCUCCAGCGAUGAAGAAACUAGGGAGGAACUGGCCCGCAUUGGGCUAGUGCCACCCCCUGAAGAGUUUGCCAAUGGGAUCCUGCUGGCCACCCCACCCCCUGGACCGGGCCCCUUGCCCACCACGGUACCCAGCCCGGCCUCAGGGAAGCCCAGCAGCGAGCUGCCCCCUGCCCCUGAGUCUGCAGCUGACUCUGGAGUAGAGGAGGCUGACACCCGAAGCUCCAGUGACCCCCAUCUGGAGACCACAAGCACCAUUUCCACAGUGUCCAGCAUGUCCACCCUGAGCUCGGAGAGUGGGGAGCUCACUGACACCCACACCUCCUUUGCCGAUGGACACACUUUUCUACUCGAGAAGCCACCAGUGCCUCCCAAGCCCAAGCUCAAGUCCCCGCUGGGGAAGGGGCCGGUGACCUUCAGGGACCCGCUGCUGAAGCAAUCCUCGGACAGUGAGCUCAUGGCCCAGCAGCACCAUGCUGCCUCUACUGGGUUGGCUUCUGCUGCUGGGCCUGCCCGCCCUCGCUACCUCUUCCAGAGAAGGUCCAAGCUGUGGGGGGACCCCGUGGAGAGUCGGGGGCUCCCUGGGCCUGAAGAUGACAAACCAACUGUGAUCAGUGAGCUCAGCUCCCGUCUGCAGCAGCUGAACAAAGACACACGCUCCUUGGGGGAGGAACCCGUUGGUGGCCUGGGCAGCCUGCUGGACCCUGCUAAGAAGUCGUCGCCCAUUGCAGCAGCUCGGCUCUUCAGCAGCCUCGGUGAGCUGAGCACCAUCUCAGCGCAGCGCAGCCCCGGGGGCCCGGGCGGAGGGGCCUCCUACUCGGUGCGGCCCAGCGGCCGGUACCCCGUGGCGAGACGAGCCCCGAGCCCAGUGAAGCCCGCAUCGCUGGAGCGGGUGGAGGGGCUGGGGGCGGGUGUGGGAGGCGCGGGGCGGCCCUUCGGCCUCACGCCUCCCACCAUCCUCAAGUCGUCCAGCCUCUCCAUCCCGCACGAACCCAAGGAAGUGCGCUUCGUGGUGCGAAGUGUGAGUGCGCGCAGCCGCUCCCCCUCGCCAUCUCCGCUGCCCUCGCCUUCUCCCGGCUCUGGCCCCAGUGCUGGCCCCCGUAGGCCAUUCCAGCAGAAGCCCCUGCAGCUCUGGAGCAAGUUCGAUGUGGGCGACUGGUUGGAGAGCAUCCACUUGGGCGAGCACCGAGACCGCUUCGAGGACCAUGAGAUCGAAGGCGCACACCUGCCUGCGCUCACCAAGGACGACUUCGUGGAGCUGGGCGUCACACGCGUUGGCCACCGCAUGAACAUCGAGCGUGCGCUCAGGCAGCUGGAUGGCAGCUGACGCCCCACUCCCUCUCCCGUUCCUGCUGCGCCCUGCCGGCAGGGCCCCUACCCCUACUCCAGGCCGCAGGCUCGGCUCGCCCCCUACCACGGCGCCCGGGCCAGGAAUGUUGCAUGAAUCGUCCUGUUUGCUGUUGCUUGGAGACUUGCCCUGUACAUUGCUUAGUGCCCUCCCCUGCCGCUGAACCCCACCCAGCACACAGUAAGGGCGCGGACCAGGGGGGCUGGGUGGAAGGGGGUUAGGGCAGGGUGCUCUGGCCUGACCACCUCCUUCACAGCUCCUGGUGGCCAUUCUCCCAGAGGGGGAACCUAGUCCAGCAUGCGAGGUCAGGACACGCCUUGGUGACUCGGGGGGAGGGGGGGAGACAUUGGGGUUCUCGAUGGGGGCCAAGGAGCCCCCUGUUUUACAUAUUUUAAUCCACUCUAUAUUUGGAACGAGAAAAGGAACAAAUAUCUCUGUCCGUAACAGUUCCCACCCUCUUCCCCUCUAGUCCUCUCGCUGGUCCCGCCACAGCUGCCCAGUCUUCCAUCUCCGGCCCCUCACUGCCACCCCAUACAGGGCAGGGGACACUCCAGCUGGCCUGGGGUUAGCCAGGGUCCUGGCAGCCCACCCUGGGGACCCCGGCUCAGCCCCCUUCCCUCGCUGAGCUAUAGUAUGCCCCACCCACCCUUUAGGUGCUGCUCAGAGGGACGGGUGGCAGGCAUUGCCUGCUGGGCACUAGCAGGGCCAGGUGGCCUGGGAGAUUAUUGCCCUGGGGCUGGGCCCCGGUAACCCAACCCCAGCCAUCAUCUUCACAGGGUCUCUCCCAAAGGAGGGGUCUAACCUUCCCACUUCUUGGGCAACUACAGCAGAGAAGCCUCCCUGCCUCGCACCCCAAAGACUCCCUAUCCCUGCCCUGUGUGUGUGCCACAUAUGUGUGUGCACGCCUGUGUGCUUGUGAAAAGUGGGUGUGGCUGAGCGCAUGGGUGCCCUGUAUGUGCCUGAUUGUGGAGUGGUCCCCAGGGGCUGUUCUGGAUGGGUGGGAGGUUGCGGAAGCUUGCACAGGGUGCAUGCAUGGGUGUGUGCCUGUGAAAGUGCCCUGUCUUCUCCAAAGAAAGGCUGCUCUAGGGCGGGCGGGUCGUGCUGGUGUCUCAGCCUGUUCUUGAGCCUCACCCAGCUUAAGCAGGAUUUCUUGGAACUUCGGGAGGCCUCAAGGGCCCCCUGCAGGCAGUAUCCCCUUUGGGCUUCUAAAGGGAUUGUGGGGACCACUAAAAAAAAAAUCAGGCCACAACAGCCCUUGGAGAGAGGCAAAGACUCCUGAGGGUGCCCUGGCCCCCUUACUGUGACUCCCCACACUCAGUAAUGACCUGUGGGGUGGGGGCCCUGGGGCGUUUUUAAACAUAGGGUUUGGAGUCUGGACUAAGCUCCAUCCACGUCACUCACAAGUUUCUGUUUCUAUUUCUAGCUUUUUUUAAUAAAAAUAAAAAAGACAGAAAACAGAUGUUUUCAUGGCCCAGGGGCUUGGCACGCCGGUCUGUGCUGGCCCACCGGCCCCAUUCCCUAGACAGAGUCACACCCACUAACCCCCUCACCAACAGACCAGGUCACACACAGCAGCGGUCACUGUAACAGACUGCCACAUACACAGUCUCACAUUUACCUGUGGGUUUUUGGUUCUGUUCAAUUUGGGUUUUUAACUUUACAGGGUCAGUUCUGCUUCACCCCUCCUUUUGUAUGGAGUUCCAUCUGGGGGCUUUCACCCCCUGCUCCAGUCCUGAGGCCUCCUGACCCUGACGUUGUGAUACACCCCACAGAGAUCUAUGUUUCUUAUAUUAUUAUUAUUAAUAAUAAUUAUUAUAAUAUUAUGUAAUAAAUUUAUAAGAAAUGAAA